AUGGUUAUGUAUCGAAAGUUCGACCCUCCUCACACGGACGUGAUAAAGGAUCCAAGGGAUGACUCUCCAACAAUUUUCUCCAUCACCAGCACACAUCAGCGAGAACUUGUGGAUCAAGCAGAAACAAGAGGAGGUGAUAAAUUCAAAUACUGGUCUAUUAAGUUGAGAAUUAUUUUUAUUUCUCAUGAUUUAUGGGAAUUAGUAGAAAAUGGUUAUAAUAAAGUAAAUCCAGAUCAAAGGCUCACUACGGCACAAAGGAAUGAGUAUACAGAAAAAGUGAAGAAAGAUCCAGAGCUUUAUCAUUCAUACAAGAAGGUUUCGAUGAUUAUAUUUUUCCAAAUAUUUCUAACUGUAGAACAGCAAAAGAAACAUGGACUGUGUUGCAAAGAAAGUAUGAAGAGAUUUUUCGACAAAGUUACAAAAAACGUGAAUGCAAUCAGGUCUUAUGGUGAAGAACUCUCUGACCAAAAAAUUGUGGAAAAGGUAUUACGUUCCCUUCAUUCUAAAUUUGAACAUGUAGUAGUUGUUAUUGAAGAAUCCAAAGAUUUAUCUGUUUAUUCUUUAAAUAAGCUAAUUGGGUCUCUUCAAGCACAUGAGGAAAGGUUGAACGGGUUACUGAAAAUAGAAUCAUAUAAAGAGAAAGCUCUUAUAUCUAGAGAAAAGGGUGAAAAUGCUUCUUCUCAAUCAUUUUUAAUAUGCAAAAGGAAAAACCAUACUAUUGAUGUUUGUUACUUCAAAGACAAAAAUCCAUUGCAAUGCUACCACUGUAAAAAGUUUGGGCAUACUGAAAAAUACUGUUGUGACAAACCAAAAGAAGAGCAAGCAAAUUUCUGUGUAGAAGCAUUUGAUAAUGAAGAAGAGUUGAUCUUAUUUUAA